CAAGAUCUUACUUUCAUUGUAUAUAUAAGUAAAAGAAUGAAUAUCGUGUCAGUGUAAAAUAAAUCAAAGACUUACGUGGAUCGGUAGUGGAAUUUCAACAAAUAGCUUGCGGCAAAAGAUAAAAUAAUUGGAGCUAUAAAAAAUUUAAGAGUGUGAUUAAAAUUUAAGAGUGUGAUUUAAAAAUACACAAUGAGUCUCGUAAGGCAAAAUUUUAAUGCCGACUGUGAAAAUGCACUUAACAAACAAAUCAAUAUGGAAUUGCACGCAAGUUAUGUCUACUUGUCAAUGGCUUUCUAUUUUGACAAGAAUGAUGUAGCUUUGCAAGGAUUGCAUCAGUAUUUUAAACAGGCCUCUGAUGAGGAACGUGAACAUGCUAUGAAAUUUAUGACAUAUCAGAAUAAACGAGGAGGUUCUAUUGUUUUGACUGAUAUCAAGUCGCCGGAAAAAGUGGAAUGGGGUAGUGCUAAAGAUGCUAUGACAGCAGCUUUGGAGCUCGAGAAGAAAGUCAACUCGAGCCUGCUUGAACUUCAUGAUCUGGCUUCAACUCACAAUGAUGCAAAUUUACUGGACUUUUUGGAAAGUGAAUAUUUACAAGAACAAGUUGACGCUAUAAAAGAAAUCGCUGAUCAUGUCACAAAUCUUGAAAGAGUCGGAGAAGGUUUAGGAGUAUUCAUGUUUGAUAAAUCACUGAAAGAAUAAUUUUUUAAAAUCAUUUUCAUAAUAAACGCUUUAACAGUCCAAAAAAUGAUAUGGAAAUAUGUGUACCAUAAUUCUUAAAAAUUAGGAAUAAUGGUCAAUUCUCAUCGUCAGUAAAUUAAAAAUUCUAAUAUUUUUAUUGUUAAUGGAGCGGUAUGUAUUUUAAAAACGAAAAUUAUUAUAAGUAAACUGAUUGGUGCUUAAAUCUUAUCAUUGUAUUACGUGGCGCGCAUUACAAGUAGUAUGUUGCUGUAUAAUUAAAUUUAUAAAGCGUUAAUUGAAGUUAUUAUGAAUAUGUUAAUUGUUGAAUUAAAAUUGAAAGAAAAACAAAAAUAAUAUUAGCAAUUCAAAUCUAAGAAAAUAAAUUCAAUAAUAUUGAUGGAAUUAUAUAUUAAAUAUAUUUAUACAAAUUUUUUUACAACUGUCAAUUGUCUCUGGUUUUACUUCAUUAAAAAUAAUAUUGGUAACCUCAUAAUCAAUGUCAAAAUUUUAGUACUAAAUUUU